ACUCCAACUUGUUGCGAAAAGCAAACCCCCUGGGUAUCUCUGAAAACCCUAAAAUUUUCGCAUUGCUCUGUCACACUCAUCCAUGGAAAUGCUAUUCUCUUCUUAAACCCUCACAUCCGAUUCAUCUCCGUACAUCAAAAUUCACGCUUCUCUCUAGGGUUUCCAAUCAGGAACAAUGUCUCUGCCACCCAUAGAGUGUAUUUAUGUAACGGAGGACUGUGUUCGCGAAUGGAAGAGUGGCAAUCCUGCCCUCAGGGUUUCCGAACCAGUUCCAUCGCUACGCUUCCUCUACGAGCUUUGCUGGACUAUGGUUCGGGGUGAAUUGCCGUUUCAGAAGUGUAAAGUAGCGUUAGAUUCUGUCAUAUUCUACGACAGACCGCCGACUGAGAAAUUAGCUUCAAAUUUUGCAGAUAUAGUGACCCAAAUGGCCCAAGAUCAUACAAUGUCGGGAGAGUUCCGAUCUCGUCUCAUUAAACUGGCAAGAUGGCUUGUGGAAUCUGAAUUGGUUCCAGUUAGGCUACUUCAAGAACGUUGUGAGGAAGAGUUUUUGGGGGAGGCUGACAUGAUCAAAAUAAAGGCUCAGGAUUUGAAGGGAAAAGAGGUCAGAGUUAAUACACGGCUUCUUUAUCAACAAACCAAAUUUAACCUUCUUAGAGAAGAGAGUGAGGGCUAUGCAAAGCUGGUCACUCUUCUUUGCCGAGAUUCCGAAGCUCCAACUCAAAAGGCAUCUGCCGCAACAAUUGGCAUUAUUAAGUCGUUAAUUGGCCAUUUUGAUUUGGAUCCAAAUCGUGUUUUUGAUAUUGUUCUUGAGUGUUUUGAACUUCAACCCGAUAACAGUGUGUUUCUAGAGCUGAUUCCUAUUUUCCCCAAGUCUCAUGCUUCACAGAUUCUUGGAUUUAAGUUUCAAUAUUAUCAGCGCAUGGAAGUCAGCUGCCCUGUUCCCUUUGGGCUCUAUAAGCUCACAGCGUUGCUGGUGAAACAAGAUUUUAUUGAUAUUGAUAGCAUAUAUGCACAUCUACUUCCGAAGGAUGAAGAAGCAUUUGAGCAUUAUAACACUUUCUCUUCCAAGCGGCUUGAUGAGGCUAACAAAAUUGGAAGAAUAAACCUUGCUGCUACUGGAAAAGAUCUAAUGGAUGAUGAGAAACAGGGUGACGUCGCAAUAGAUCUUUUUGCUGCUAUAGACAUGGAAACUGAUGCAAUUGAAGAGCGAAAGUCUGAGCUUCAAAACAGUCAAACUUUGGGCUUGCUUACCGGCUUUCUUUCGGUGGAUGACUGGUAUCAUGCACAUAUGCUGUUUGGUCGUCUGUCACCACUCAAUGCAGUGGAACAUAUCCAAAUAUGUGAGAGUUUGUUUAGGCUCAUUGAGAGGACAAUUUCUUCAGCAUAUGAUGUUAUUCGGCACGCACAUCAUCAAAACUCUGGAUUAUCUACAGGAGUUAGUACUGAUCCUAUGGAUGUAGAUAACUCCUCAAGACGAAGUUCUUUCAUAGAUCUUCCGAAGGAGCUUUUUCAGAUGCUUGCUUGUACUGGACCCUACCUUUACCGUGACCCUAUAUUGUUGCAGAAGGUUUGUAGGGUGCUGAGAGGUUAUUACUUUUCUGCCCUUGAGCUUGUUAGUCAUGGCGACAGUGCCUUGAAUUCUCAAUUUCCUGGAAUUGGAAAUCCUCAUCUACACCUGAAAGAUGCAAGGCUAAGGGUGGAGGAUGCUUUAGGAGCUUGCCUACUACCUUCUUUGCAACUGAUUCCUGCCAAUCCAGCUGUUGGCCAGGAAAUUUGGGAACUAAUGAGUCUCCUUCCUUAUGAGGUGCGAUAUCGUUUAUACGGUGAAUGGGAGAAAGAUGAUGAGCGCAUACCUAUGCUCCUAGCAGCAAGACAAACAGCCAAGUUGGACACUAGACGCAUUUUAAAAAGGUUGGCAAAGGAGAAUUUGAAGCAGCUAGGUCGAAUGGUCGCAAAAUUAGCUCAUGCUAACCCUAUGACUGUCCUACGAACAAUUGUUCAUCAGAUUGAGGCAUACAGAGACAUGAUUACUCCUGUAGUGGAUGCAUUUAAGUAUUUGACUCAGCUAGAGUAUGACAUUUUGGAAUAUGUUGUGAUUGAGCGCUUGGCACUUGGUGGACGUGAUAAGCUAAAAGAUGAUGGUCUAAAUUUGUCAGAUUGGCUUCAAUCACUAGCUUCAUUUUGGGGUCACCUGUGUAAGAAGUACCCUUCAAUGGAAUUGCGAGGCCUUUUCCAGUAUCUUGUGAACCAGUUAAAAAAGGGGCAAGGAAUUGAGCUUGUUCUAUUGCAGGAACUUAUUCAACAAAUGGCAAACGUCCAGUACACAGAGAACUUGACUGAAGAGCAGCUGGAUGCCAUGGCAGGGAGUGACACUCUUCGAUAUCAAGCAACUUCUUUUGGAGUAACUCGAAAUAAUAAGGCAUUGUUAAAGUCUACUAGCAGACUUAGAGAUGCAUUACUUCCCAAAGAUGAACCGAAGUUGGCGAUCCCCCUCCUAUUGCUUAUUGCUCAACAUCGUUCUCUGAUUGUCAUCAAUGCAGAUGCACCAUACAUUAAGAUGGUUUGUGAGCAAUUUGAUAGAUCCCAUGGAACUCUUCUUCAAUAUGUGGAAUUUCUUUGCAGUGCAGUUACUCCAGCAUCAAAUUAUGCUGCACUCAUUCCAUCGCUUAAUGACCUGGUCCACCUUUACCACCUGGACCCUGAGGUUGCUUUCUUGAUAUAUCGCCCUGUGAUGAGACUUUUCAAGUCUCAGAGGAGUCCUGAUGUUUGCUGGCCGUUGGAUGAUAAUAAUGCUGCAAAUGAUGCAUCUACAGAAUCUGAUCUUGUAGAUCAUUCUGGCAGUAUGGUUCUAGAUCUUGGCUCUGCUCGAAAUCCUAUAAGCUGGCAAUAUCUACUUGAUACUGUUAAAACCAUGCUGCCUUCAAAAGCGUGGAAUAGCCUUUCUCCUGAUCUUUAUGCAACAUUUUGGGGCCUCACACUAUAUGAUUUGUACGUUCCAAAAAGUCGCUACGAGUCUGAAAUAGCCAAGCUGCAUGCUAAUCUUAAGUCUUUGGAGGAGCUUUCUGACAAUUCAAGCUCAGCAAUCACCAAGAGGAAGAAGGAAAAGGAAAGAAUUCAAGAAUCACUUGACCGUCUGAUUAGUGAACUUCAUAAACAUGAAGAGAAUGUUGCAUCAGUUCAUAGGCGGCUUUCUCACGAAAAGGACAAAUGGUUAAGUUCCUGUCCUGACACUUUGAAGAUCAAUAUGGAGUUUCUUCAGCGUUGUAUAUUUCCACGCUGCACAUUCAGUAUGCCAGAUGCUGUUUAUUGUGCUAUGUUUGUGCACACGCUUCAUUCGCUCGGAACCCCCUUUUUCAAUACCGUCAACCAUAUAGAUGUCCUGAUUUGUAAGACUCUACAACCUAUGAUAUGUUGCUGCACAGAAUAUGAGGCAGGCAGGCUUGGUAGGUUUCUGUAUGAGACUUUGAAGAUUGCUUACUAUUGGAAGAGUGAUGAAUCUAUUUAUGAACGUGAGUGUGGAAACAUGCCUGGCUUUGCUGUUUAUUAUAGAUAUCCAAACAGCCAGCGAGUUACAUAUGGCCAGUUUAUCAAGGUACACUGGAAGUGGAGUCAGAGAAUAACCAGACUAUUAAUUCAGUGUUUGGAAUCUAGUGAGUACAUGGAAAUUAGAAAUUCUCUCAUUAUGUUGACAAAGAUUUCUGGAGUUUUCCCUGUUACUCGGAAGAGUGGGAUAAACCUUGAAAAGCGGGUGGCUAAGAUUAAAAGUGAUGAAAGAGAGGAUCUUAAGGUGCUGGCAACUGGUGUUGCUGCUGCAUUAGCUGCUAGGAAGCCGUCAUGGGUUACUGAUGAAGAAUUCGGUAUGGGAUAUCUUGAGUUGAAGCCUGCGCCAUCUAUUAGUAAAUCUUCUGCUGGAAAUUCAACAUCUGUACAAAGUGUGAUAAGUCUUGGUGUUUCUCAAACUGAAUCUGGCAGUGGAAAACAUCUGGACUCAGUGAACACAGUCAAAGACCAGACAAAAACAAAAACUGCAGACAGCAAGGUAGAAAGAACUGACAGCACAAUAGCUGGAAAAUCUGAUUCUGGCCAAGCAAAACUCAAGGGUAAUUCAUCGUUAAAUGGAUUGGAUGCUCCAUCAACCUUACCCUCACCUGCUGUACAAUCUGGAGCAACAAAAUCCAUGGAAAACCAAAAGCAAGCAGAAGAAUCUGUAAGUAGAGCAUCGGAAGAACAUGUUCCGAGAGCUGCAGAGUCAAGAGCUUCCGGGAAACGUUCGGCACCUGCUAGCUCACACUCAAAGCCCUCGAAACAAGAUCCUGCAAAAGAGGAUACUAGAUCUGGUAAAGCUGUUGCUAGAGCGUCUGGUUCUUUGAGCAGUGACAAGGAUAUACAAAACCAUGCAUCAGAGGGAAGACACACUGGAAGUACUAAUUUAUCUUCUUCAGUCAAUGCUAAUGGUAACAGUAUUUCAGCUUCUGCAAAAAUCUCAGCUCCAUCUACUAAGGGUGAGACCGGUAGUGAGCUCAAGGCUGAGAUGGGUGUCGUAAAGUCUUCUGAUAUUAGGGCUUCUGUGGUGAAGGAUGAUGGAAAUGAUGUUAUUGACUCGGUAAGAGGUUCCUCUUCACGUGUAGUUCAUUCUCCUAGGCAUGACAAUACAAUUGUUACUUCAAAGUCUACUGAUAAAUCCCAGAAGAGAGCUAGUUCUGCUGAAGAACCUGAUAGACUUGGUAAACGGCGUAAAGCGGAGGCGGAGCAAAGAGAUUUCGAGAAUGAAAUCAGAUUCUCUGAAAGAGAGAAGCUUGUAGAUCCUCGAUUAUCUGAUGAGAAAUUGGGGCCAGAUGAACUUGGUUUGUACAGGGCAGGGGAUAAGCCAUUGGAAAGGGCAAAAGACAAAGGAAAUGAAAGGUAUGAAAGAGAGCACAGGGAGAGAUUGGACCGUGUGGAUAAGUCUCGUGGAGAUGACUUCAUUGUGGAGAAACCUAGGGAUAGGUCAAUCGAAAGAUAUGGAAGAGAACGAUCUGUUGAGAGAAUGCAAGAAAGGGGUAGUGAAAGGGGUUUCAAUAGACUCCCUGAGAAGGCUAAGGAUGAUAGAAGCAAGGAUGAUAGAAGUAAAUUACGAUACAAUGAUGUAUCUAUAGAAAAAUCUCAUGCAGAUGAUCGCUUCCAUGGGCAAAGCCUGCCUCCACCACCCCCAUUACCUCCAAAUAUGGUUCCUCAAUCUGUUGGUGGUGGUAGGCGUGAUGAAGAUGCUGAUAGGAGGUACGGACCCACUAGACAUUCUCAAAGGCUUUCUCCAAGGCAUGAAGAAAAAGAACGGAGACGGUCUGAAGAGGCUGUGGUUUCCCAGGAUGAUGCAAAACGCAGAAAAGAAGAUGAUUUUCGAGAUAGGAAACGCGAGGAACGAGAAGCAUUAUCAUUGAAGGUUGAAGAGAGGGAUAGAGAGAGAGAGCGGGAUAGAGAAAAAACAAAUCUUCUAAAGGAAGAGUUGGAUUUAAAUGCUGCAUCCAAGAGACGUAAGCUCAAGAGGGAGCAUCUGCCAGCUGGUGAACCUGGGGAGUACUCACCAGUGGCUCCUCCACCUCCACCCCUAGGUAUUGGUGUUUCACAAGCUUAUGAUGGAAGAGACAGGGUAGACAGGAAGGGACCCAUGAUCCAACAUGCAAAUUACAUAGAUGAACCAGGUCUCAGAAUUCAUGGUAAAGAGGUAGCCAGCAAGCUGAAUCGUCGUGAUUCUGAUCCAAUGUAUGAUCGAGAAUGGGAUGAUGAGAAGAGGCAAAGAGCUGAUCAGAAACGGCGGCACCGAAAAUAAAAUACAUCAAAGCAGGAUUGUUCGUGACUUGCAAGUAGGUUCCGGGAUCACAUCAAUUCUAUCUGCUACUCCCUCAUCCUGCAAUUUUCAGCUGUUCAAAAUUAUUUGGUCUUCUAAAAGGCAAUGCCAAUCAAUUGUGAAUUGGCUUGUGCACUUGUAUAUAGUGUUGUAUAUUCUGGAUAGCCAGUGAUUAGCUGUACCAUUGUGAGAAUAAUUUAUUUUGCUGAGCCUACACUUACAUGAAUAGUCUAACCAACAAGAAACAUGAAUUUUGUGAAUUGCUAUAUUAACUUGACAUGAAAAGGGUUCGAUACACAUGGGAUUUUCAGCCUUGCCAUUGGGGAUGAAUCCUGUGCAUUCUCAUUUGAUGAAGCGAAUCUGCCAUUGGCGACUAAUAUAUCAAUGUUCGCUCAUUCUUUAUGUAAACUGAAAAGGAGUCGAAGAGCGUUUCCUAGUGACUUAGUUAGUUGUGCUAUUUGUGUAGACUGUCU